AUGGGCCGUAACAUCGACACCCUCAAAGAUCUAGGGGAAAGUGUCAAUCAAUUUCCAUCAGGAAAUGCCGCGGCUCACCUCUCCAUUCCAGCAGAAUAUAUUGCCAUCCCGCUCGAAGCCAUAUCGUUUUUCACGGUCGAACUACAUCUGUUCGCUCUGGUGGAUCCAAAGCUACCGCUCCCGCAAAUCAUAACUGGAUUCACAGAGGGUGACGUAUUGGAAUCAAACAUGAACACGAAUCCAGCCCUUCAAGCCCUCAACGAUGAGCUGUACGACUUCCUGGCCCUUUCGGUCCGCGGGUUCAUCUUUCCAUGGUGGAUGAAGAUCAGUCCAAGGGACAGAGAGUUUCCUCAAGAAGUCACACAGAUUAUAACCCACGUGUUAAGGCAGGUAGAAGACCGUGUUAUGGUUGCAGACGUGCCUCUUCUCUUGGCAAAUGUCCUACCGACACUCCUUAAACAGCACUAUGCCGACUAUCAUACUGCUUCUGCCAAAGUAGCGACAUCGUAUGUAACUGGGCUACCUUCUGACAACGAUCCACUGGCCCAUAUUUUCCAUUCACUUCAACCGCAUAUGGCAAUUUCCGCAGAGGGCAAAAUAGAUCCAAACUACAUACGUCAAGCCGUAGAACAUGUCAUGAAGGCUUGUCUUCCACCUGAAGAUUGGGAGUCGGAGAACGAGCGCAGCAUCGUACGGGAAAUCAUUGUCAAAAUCAUCUUGGAAAAUGCCUUCCCUCGAUUAAGCCAAGGAUGGUUUAUACAAAAGAAUUUACUAGAGCUUUUAGGCUCACCAAAUGAUUUUGUUGCUCCGUCUACGUUCAAUCUAGUGGUCGUAUUCGUUUUAUCAGCUGUACAAAGUAUCUCUGGGUUUGCAUUAGCGGCCAUAUCUGGCGUACAAGCUUGCUUACAGACCAUCGCCGACGUGAACAAGGCACCUCCCAGAAAGUAUCGAACCGACCCUACCAGAAGAGACCUCGCAACUCCUAGCGUCGAGAUGUUGGCCGAAAAAGUUCUCUUUCCUAAUGGAUUCCCUGGACCACCACCUGUCGAGCCAAAUAUGGAAGAGCAGAUGCUCAUUCGUGAGCAACUCGAGAGACGCUUAUUCGACGUUAUUCCCUCAAUGAUAGGCAAGCUUAUCUACGGCCCAAACCUGGACGUUCAAAGGCGUACGGUCAAGGAUAUCCUCGACCCGCUUAGUUCAAGCAAAUGCAACCUCCAUCUCCUCAUGUUUAUUCUCGAUGCCAUAAUCGUCACUGUAUUCCCCGAGUUGGCUCUCAACGCGCCCGACUCAGAGAUAUCCAAGAACGGCGCUCUAGGCUCAGAACCUGAUUCCCCAACACAGACACCACAGCUGCACGAAUACCCGCGAGAAACCUCCGUUUCUCCUCUCAUCGGAGGCGAAGUUCUCUCGAACAACGUAUGCCAGGGUAUGCUGUCCAGUACAGACAGUCAGCCCAAAGAUAGCGGAGCGGGAUACAUGGUGAGGUGGAUUAUAAUGAAUGAAUGUGAGUUUGUAAGGACAGGGUACGAGUUGAGCGAUAAAGCGGGAUAUGGAGUGCAGGGGUGUAAAUGCCAGAGGGGAAAUGCGGAUAGUGAUGAAGAAAUGCCAUAUGAAAAGAAGG